AUGGAAAAAUCCAAAAAUUUCCGCAUCGACGCGCUGCUGGCCGUGGACCCCCCGCGAGCGGCCUCGGCGCAGAGCGCGCCGCUGGCCCUGGUCACGUCGCUCGCGGCCGCCGCAGCUGGCCCCGGGGGCGGCGGCGGCGGCGGCGGGGCGAGCGGCGGGGCGAGCGGCGGCUGCAGCCCCGCGUCCUCGGAGCCGCCCGCGGCGCCCGCCGACCGCCUGCGCGCCGAGAGCCCGUCGCCGCCGCGCCUGCUGGCCGCGCACUGCGCGCUGCUGCCCAAACCGGGCUUCCUGGGCGCGGGCGGCGCGGGCGGCGGGGCGGGCGGAGGCGGAGGCGGGCCCGGGGGGCCCCACCACCACGCGCACCCCGGCGCCGCCGCCGCCGCUGCCGCCGCCGCCGCCGCCGCCGCCGCCGCCGCCGCGGGGGGUCUGGCGCUGGGGCUGCACCCUGGGGGCGCGCAGGGCGGCGCGGGCCUCCCGGCGCAGGCGGCGCUCUACGGCCACCCGGUCUACGGCUACUCGGCGGCGGCGGCGGCGGCCGCGCUGGCCGGGCAGCACCCGGCGCUCUCCUACUCGUACCCGCAGGUGCAGGGCGCGCACCCCGCGCACCCCGCCGACCCAAUCAAGCUGGGCGCCGGCACCUUUCAGUUGGACCAGUGGCUGCGGGCGUCCACCGCGGGCAUGAUCCUGCCCAAGAUGCCUGACUUUAACUCCCAGGCGCAGUCCAACCUCCUGGGGAAGUGCCGCCGGCCACGCACCGCCUUCACCAGCCAGCAGCUGCUCGAGCUGGAGCACCAGUUCAAGCUCAACAAGUACCUGUCGCGGCCAAAACGCUUCGAGGUGGCCACCUCCCUGAUGCUCACCGAGACCCAGGUGAAGAUCUGGUUCCAGAACCGGCGGAUGAAGUGGAAGCGCAGCAAAAAGGCCAAAGAGCAGGCAGCGCAGGAGGCCGAGAAGCAGAAGGGCGGCGCGGGCGCGGGCGCAGGCGCAGGCGCAGGCAAAGGCGGCGGCGCCGAGGACCAGGGGGACGAGGAGCUGCUGGGGCCGCCGGCGCCCGGGGACAAGGGCAGCGGACGCCGCCUGCGGGACUUGAGGGACAGUGACCCCGAGGAGGAGGACGACGACGACGACGAGGACCAUUUCCCCUACAGCAACGGCGCUAGCACGCACGCCGCCUCCUCUGACUGCUCCUCCGGGGCCGACUCGCCUCCCCCGCGGUCCGGCGGGCCCGGCCACCAGCCCCCGCCCCAGUAG